AUGGCCGGUAGAAAGAAGAAAGCGAAGGACAGGAAGAAGAAACCCGGCGGCAAUCGAAGCUGUGAUUCCCAAAUUUCCCCAGGCGGCAAGCCUGAACUUCCAGAGAACGUAAUAUUUAUUAUAUUAUCAUGGCUUCCAGCGAAAUCUUUGAUGCGAUUCAAAUUGGUCUCUAAACCAUGGCUUGCCCUGAUUCGCGACCCGUAUUUCGCUGAAACCCACCUCGCCAACUCCAGGACCGAAACCCGGCAACCCUUUUCAUCCUACAUCCUAUUCUAUGUCAUCGGCAGAUGGGCCAUGUUUCCGGCGAAUCCAGACGCCGUUUUCUCCACCCAGCUUCCCAUGCACAGGUUCACUGAUCAUGACGAACACGGCAUCAUCAUUGAUGAAGCCGAGCCAUGUUCUAACAUCGUCAACGGCCUUAUUCUUUUGUGGUCACCUAGCUCAUAUCAACUUCGAUUGCUCAAUGUCACAACCAAGGAAAAUAUUGGUCUCCCAAAGACUAGAAGAUCUAUUUCAUCAUGUCAUUGCUCUGGCCCGUCUAACAACUUCUUAGGGUUUGAUCCUAUCAAUAAGGUAUACAAAGUAGUUCACUCUUGUGGACAAGACAAAUGUUUCGUCAUGACAUUGAGUUUCGGCAAUAUGAUGAGAUGGAGGGAAAUUGUUUCAACUUACCCUCAGUAUGAUCUUGUAUACAGGAAAAACAUUUGCGUAGAUGGUUCAAUAUUUUGGGAAGGUUUUGAAUUCUGCUAUGAAAGUGGUGAUGAGGGGAAAAGAGCUUUGCAAUAUUUCGACGUUUCCGAAGAGUCGUUCAAAUUAGUUCCUGUUUCUAAUGGUUUUUUUCAUGGUGACGGUAAUGCUCAUCACCCAGAUAUCUUCUUGAGCCAAAACCGUAAAUUCGAUUAUUAUGACCAGUUAAUGACAGAAGUUGGAGGCCGUUUCACGUUGGCUAAAUUUAUCCACCACCCUCAUCCUUCUCAAAUCAAAUUGUGGACAUUGAUGAACAAGCAUGAUCCAUUCUGGAUUCAAUCAUAUAUUGAGCUGCCAGAACAGGUAUUCUACAGGGGCAUUGAUAUUGUUGGCAGCACAAAUACAGAGGAGGGAGUAAUAUACGUUUCUGUUUUUGCAUGGAAGGUUUUAGUAACACAUAAACGAGUUUCGACUGAAACCUCAGAUGCUGCUUUGAUCUUUUGUGAUCCUGGAAAGAAGAAGAACAAGGAAAAGAAGGAAAAUAAGUACGAAAUCAAACAGCUGCAGUUUGAGGACAAGUCAUCCCCUGUUCAUGCACUUGUUCCGGUGCUGUCAACUGUUGCUAGUAGCCAUCAUAUUGAAAACAUUCUGCCUCUGAGUCCCCCAAAGAUACCUAUAUAUAAAGUUGUGUAG